AUGAAUACUAAAAAGGAUUAUUCAGCUUUUUUCAAGCCUUAUGAGAGAGGAUUAGAACUCGAUAUGACUAGCAAUACAGUCAAUUUGGAUAAUUUGGAGAGCUUCUUUGGAAUUUUGACAGUUUUCUUUCGUUUUCAAGACUAUUAUGUCUUCAAAAUGAAUACUAAAAAGGAUUAUUCAGCUUUUUUCAAGCCUUAUGAGAGAGGAUUAGAACUCGAUAUGACUAGCAAUACAGUCAAUUUGGAUAAUUUGGAGAGCUUCUUUGGAAUUUUGACAGUUUUCUUUCGUUUUCAAGACUAUUAUGUCUUCAAAAUGAAUACUAAAAAGGAUUAUUCAGCUUUUUUCAAGCCUUAUGAGAGAGGAUUAGAACUCGAUAUGACUAGCAAUGCAGUCAAUUUGGAUAAUUUGGAGAGCUUCUUUGGAAUUUUGACAGUUUUCUUUCGUUUUCAAGACUAUUAUGUCUUCAAAAUGAAUACUAAAAAGGAUUAUUCAGCUUUUUUCAAGCCUUAUGAGAGAGGAUUAGAACUCGAUAUGACUAGCAAUACAGUCAAUUUGGAUAAUUUGGAGAGCUUCUUUGGAAUUUUGACAGUUUUCUUUCGUUUUCAAGACUAUUAUGUCUUCAAAAUGAAUACUAAAAAGGAUUAUUCAGCUUUUUUCAAGCCUUAUGAGAGAGGAUUAGAACUCGAUAUGACUAGCAAUACAGUCAAUUUGGAUAAUUUGGAGAGCUUCUUUGGAAUUUUGACAGUUUUCUUUCGUUUUCAAGACUAUUAUGUCUUCAAAAUGAAUACUAAAAAGGAUUAUUCAGCUGUUUCAAAGCCUUAUGAGAGAGGAUUAGAACUCGAUACGACAAGCAAUGCAGUCAAUUUGGAUAAUUUGGAGAGCUUCUUUGGAAUUUUGACAGUUUUCAUUCGUUUUCAAGACUAUUAUGUCUUCAAAAUGAAUACUAAAAAGGAUUAUUCAGCUUUUUUCAAGCCUUAUGAGAGAGGAUUAGAACUCGAUAUGACUAGCAAUGCAGUCAAUUUGGAUAAUUUGGAGAGCUUCUUUGGAAUUUUGACAGUUUUCUUUCGUUUUCAAGACUAUUAUGUCUUCAAAAUGAAUACUAAAAAGGAUUAUUCAGCUUUUUUCAAGCCUUAUGAGAGAGGAUUAGAACUCGAUAUGACUAGCAAUACAGUCAAUUUGGAUAAUUUGGAGAGCUUCUUUGGAAUUUUGACAGUUUUCUUUCGUUUUCAAGACUAUUAUGUCUUCAAAAUGAAUACUAAAAAGGAUUAUUCAGCUUUUUUCAAGCCUUAUGAGAGAGGAUUAGAACUCGAUAUGACUAGCAAUACAGUCAAUUUGGAUAAUUUGGAGAGCUUCUUUGGAAUUUUGACAGUUUUCUUUCGUUUUCAAGACUAUUAUGUCUUCAAAAUGAAUACUAAAAAGGAUUAUUCAGCAGUUUCAAGCCUUAUGAGAGAGGAUUAG